CAUUCACCUGUCUCCUGUGUGCAGGACAGACUCGUGUUACAGUAUUUAGCCAAACAACUAACGGCUUCUUGUCUUUGAAGCAGCAGUUAGACUUCAUGGAUCGUAUCUUUUCAUUCCUUCAGAUAUGGAAGAAGAAAAAGGCGAAGGACAAGGCCCAGAUCCUGGAGCAGAUCGUGAGCAGCAAGAAGCAGGAGGAGGAGAAGAAGCGCGGCCUGGACAAGCGGACCCCGGCGCAGGUGGCCUAUGAGAAGAUGCAGGAGAAGCGGCAAAUGGAGAGGAUCCUAAAGAAAGCAUCUAAAACCCAUAAGCAGAGAGUGGAGGACUUCAACAGACACCUGGAUACUCUGACAGAGCAUUACGACAUUCCCAAAGUCAGCUGGACGAAGUGAAUGGUGGACUGGUUUUCAAGGCUUUGGAUCAGGAGUUGUGUUUUGUUUGUGUUGAACAGGGUUGCCACGUAAAUCUGUGUAUUCUCCACACUGAAUGUUUAAUAUACCUUCUGAACGUUUAUGACUUUGUACUGCCUUAUUUCAUUGUUUUGUGUUUAAAAACUAGAUAUUGAAUGAAGUCUCAAUUCUUGGCUGAUGAGCUCUGAUAUAUGUAGGUGCAGAGGGCUAUUUUUUUAGCACUUGAAGUGAGAUUAAGGUGAAAGUCAGUGGCAGUGAGCCAGCUGGAAAGCGUUUCUUUAUUUCUUUGAUUAUAACAGCUCUCCUUUUUGGAAGUGAGGAGCCUGAUAGUUUCAUAUAGCAUAAACUUCUUCUGUAAAUGAUAGGAAUUGUGUAGUUUCUUCCUAUCUAGAACUCUAUCAGAGGUGGCAGGUCUGAUGUUAACUUGUAACUUCGAUGUAACUUAUUAAAAUGCUGCUUUCAUCCUU